GCGCCGGAGCAACAUGGCGGCGCGAGUGCUGCACGCUCGCGGAGCGGCCACGGCCGGCGGCCUCCUACAGCGGGCGGCCCCCUGCAGCCUCCUGCCCGGGCACCGGGGGUUGACGUCUUCCAGUAACAGACCUCGAGAAGACAGCUGGUUAAAAUCCUUAUUUGUCCGGAAAGUUGAUCCAAGAAAAGAUGCUCAUUCUAAUCUCCUAGCCAAAAAGGAAACAAGCAGUCUAUACAAAAUACAGUUUCACAAUGUUAAACCGGAAUGCCUAGACGCAUACAACAAAAUUUGUCAAGAGGUGUUGCCAAAGAUUCAUGAAGAUAAAUAUUACCCUUGUACUUUGGUGGGGACUUGGAACACGUGGUAUGGCGAGCAGGAUCAAGCUGUCCACCUCUGGAGGUAUGAAGGAGGCUAUCCCGCGCUCACGGAGGUCAUGAGCAAACUCAGACAAAGUCAGGAAUUUUUUGAAUUCCGGAAGGCAAGAAGCAACAUGCUUCUCUCUAGGAAGAAUCAGCUGCUAUUAGAAUUCAGUUUCUGGAAUGAGCCUGUUCCACGGUCAGGACCUAAUAUAUAUGAGCUCAGAUCUUACCAACUUCGACCAGGAACUAUGAUUGAAUGGGGCAAUUACUGGGCUCGUGCAAUUCGCUUCAGACAGGACGGUGAUGAAGCUGUCGGAGGAUUCUUCUCUCAGAUUGGGCAGUUGUAUAUGGUGCAUCAUCUUUGGGCUUACAAGGAUCUCCAGACAAGGGAAGACAUACGGAAUGCAGCGUGGCAUAAACAUGGCUGGGAAGAAUUGGUAUAUUAUACAGUUCCGCUUAUUCAGGAAAUGGAAUCCAGAAUCAUGAUCCCCCUGAAGACCUCACCCCUCCAGUAACGCUGCAGAACUUAGAUGUGCCUACAUAAAUUUAUGGGGAAGUAUUUGUCACAAAUUAAUCUUAAUUGUAUAUCAAAUGAAAAACACUGAAAUGUAAACUGCUGUAUAUAGCUUAUGAGAGACCCUUUUUCUUUAAAAUUGACAUAAUUCUAAGAAAGGAAACUAUUACAAUGUGGUUGUAACAGCACUCUGUGGUCCUCUUUCAAAUAUCCCUGGGUUUGUUGAAUUUACCUUAUAACAUGGUACCACUCCUCCCAGCCUCCAGGAAAAGAGACCCAAAUUUCUAUUAGAAUCAUCUCUAAAUGAGAAUCUAACCAUAAGACCUGGCCAGUUUGGUUCAGUGGUUAGAGCGUUGGCCUGUGGACCAGAGAGUCCCGGGCUCGGUUCCCGCUAGGGGCACGUACCAAAAAAAAAUCUAACCAUGAAGAAAAGCUAGUCAUGCCUCUAAACAAAGCAAAUCUGUCUACCAAUUACAGAUUUUAGACAAAUUUCUUGUAUCAGGAAGAAAUACAAAUUUUGUCGUUUCUCUGGCAGUUUUUUUGAGUCUCAGACUAGGAACAAAUGAUGAGUAAACCCAGUACCUGAGUAUGUUUUAACUCACUCUCACUUUCAAUCAGUUGGCAUAGUAAAGGUGUCAUUCCUAAGCUGGCAGUGGCUGCCAAGGCACAUUGCUCUAGUUCAGUCCUCACACAGCGGGUCGUGAUAUCUCUACAUGAGAGGCAAAGAUGGCUUGAACCUGUAUCAUAUGUGAUUUUGAAAUGAACAACUUGAAUAGCACUAAUUUUUAUUUGUAAUAUUUUUCUAUAACAAAACGAGAAGCACUAGAGAAAGAGGUUUUGUUUUGUAAGUCAUUCAUGACCUCAGACAUUCUGUGUUAAUAGUCUAGUAAGCUCACAGUAGAUACUUCCACGAUCAUGCAUGAGGAGUGGUGGGUGUUGAGAUUUACAUCGGCAUAAAUUUGCAUACGUGUCUAGCUCUGUUUGAUUUAGUUUUUUAAUAUAGUGUGCCAAUUUUGUGAAUGUAAUCAUGUAAAAGUCCUCUUGAAAUGAAAUUAUGUCUGACCCUCAGAUAAUUUAUGUAUAAAAUUAAGUGUGAAUAAAUCUCAUCAAAUUUCAAACUUUUACAUGUGAAUGAUUUUCUCCAAGAACAUAUAAAAGUCAAUAAAAUUCUCUGACUUUUCACAUA